AUGUAUAGGGCCAGCACUUUCAUCCUCUUGAGGUGCUGGCUGGACCUCCUCCUGUGGUGUAUCUUGAGUUGUCUUGCAGCAGGUAAUACUAGUCUUGCAGCAGGUGGUAUCAAUCUUGAGGAGGGUAGUACUGGUCUUGGGGAGGAUGAGAUUGGUCUUGAGUGGGGUAGUAUUGGUCUUGGAGAGGGUGGUAUUGAUCCUGGACUGGUUGGUACUGGCCUUGAGUGGUGGUUGGCCAGGCUGAGAAUGGAAAUUCUGGCUGGAAAGGAGUUGGAGGUUGAAAAAGAAUGUAUAAGUGGCCAUCUUCCAUGUUGGCAGGCCAGCACAGGGAAUCAGGAGUUUGUGGGCAAUCUUGGGAUGUUCGUCAUGAUUAAGAUGUUGUUUGUCAAGGGGUCAUGCAAUCUUACUAGUAACAUGAUGAUUGGUUGGAAGUGGGAUAUGGAAGUGAUAGGAGGUGAUAGGAAUUGA